AUGUAUUCAGUGACGUCAUCGCCGUUCAGCCACGUCGGGGAGUGGCUUCUUCAGGUGGACACGAGCCUUCUGAACAACAAGAUAGCGGCUCUUAACUUCAAGCAGCAGAAACCCAUCUCGAUACUUUUUAACCCCUGGAACAACGAGGACACCGUGUUUCUGAACGAUGAGCUCCUGCGGCAAGAGUACGUGAUGAAAGACGAAGGAGUCCUGUUCAUCGGGACAACCGAACAGAUCGACAAGUUGCCCUGGACAUUUGGACAGUUUAACCCUGGCAUCCUGGAGUGCUGCUGGCUCGCCCUCACCGUAGGCGAUAUACGUUCACACGAGAGAAACGACCCCGUCAAGGUUGUCCGCCUGCUUUCUGCAGCGGCCAACUCUAACGACGACGAGGGCGUGUUACUGGGGCGAUGGGACGGCGAGUACAAGGACGGCAUCGCCCCCACGGCGUGGGUGGGCAGUGCCAAGAUCGUACAACAGUACGUCGAGUCGGCAAAGCCCGUCAAGUACGGACAGUGCUGGGUCUUCUCGGGACUCCUCACCGCCAGCGUAUACCGCAUGGGUCCGUGCAGCGUGGUGGCCGUGAAGAGGGGAGAGGUGCAGCGCCCCUACGACACGCCCUUCGUCUUGGGAGAAGUGAACGCCGACUACGUCACGUGGCUGAGCAGGGGCGAAGAUCAACCAAUCAAGGCGCUCGAAUGGGACAAGAAGUACGUCGGCCAGUUCAUCAGCACGCUGAAACCAGGUUCCUAUGAUAGGGAGGACGUCACUGACGCCUACAAGGCGAAAGAAGAUACGAUAGAGGAGCGCAGCAUCAUGGACUGGGCCUGGUCGAACCUCGGCGACGUCUUCCCGCGCUUCUCAAGGAACAACGAUAGGGCGGGAGUCGACUUCGAACUGGACGCACCCAAAAACGUCACCAUCGGAGAGGACAUCAUGAUCCGCCUCCGCGUCAUCAACAACAGCACGCAGCAACAAUUGUCUGUCCUCGCGGCCUUGACUUUGGACGCCGUGUCCUACACUGACUCGAAGUUAGGGACCAUCAAGCAAGAGAAAUACCAGAAGAAGGUCGGGAGGAAUGAACACUUUGACCUGGUGGUGCCCUACCACGAGUACUUGAAUCAGAUCAAGGAGCAAGGGUACCUGCGUGCGAGCGUGCUGGCUUCGGCGCCAGAAAUGGACUACGAUGAGUUCCUCAAGAACACUUUCCGAGUCACGGCACCCCCGAUCGGUUUCUCGGUUACGGGCUCACAUAGAGUGGGCGAGGAGCUGCUCGUCAACACCCAGUUUGUGAACCCGCUGGACGGAUCCCUGUCGAAGGCUUACAUGAUCCUGACGGGCAGUGGGAUCGGAGAGGGACAGAAGAAGAUAUUCAACAAGGGUGCAUUGCCCAAGGAAACAUUGAGCCACACGUUCACGGUCAUCCCCCAGCGGUCGGGCAACAUUUUCCUCAACGCCAAAUUCUGGGCUCCGGAGAUGCACUUCAGCGAAGGAUACCACGUCGUUGCCAUCCAGUGAGAG